AUGACAAACUGCAAUGCGCAGCAACUGCGAUUUCCGAAGAAUAAGGAGAAAAGAAGCUCAUGCGCAGUUCGUUCUGUGCUCAGAGUGGUUCGGAUGGCGAGAAGGGAGGGAGAUGCAGUUUGUUGCAGUGAACGGCUACGGGACAAGAACGAAGAGUGGACGGAAGGGCCGAAGGAGGAUGGCGUCUGGAUGGACAGGUUUGGUGGCCCUCCAAACAUCGACAUGUACACGCAAAAUGGAUCAGAACGGAUCUGA